UGGGUCCUGACCUUCUAUGCUACCUUUGUGCUAUUGCCUCCCCAAAGGCAGCUUCUAGGUCUUCUGGGGAAAAUCUGGCACUCUGGGGGCAAUUGUAGAGCUUGGGCACUGUGGAGUUGGCUACUGAUUGGCAUUAACCAGGCUCAAGCAGAAAUGCCCCAUACCCCCCGCCAACGGUUGCAGCCUCGAGCACCAGUUUGGUCAGAGACAGAAACUCGAGAUUUCCUCGUCCUUUGGGGUGAACUGCUGAUAUUGAGGUGGAUUGAAAACCGGCCACCAAACAGUGACAUCUACGAGGACCUCUCAGCCCAAAUGAUAGCCAGGGGUCAUGAGCGCAACGCUUCACAGUGUAGGAACCGGGCCCGGGAUCUGAAGCGAAGUUAUCGGAGAGCCAAAGAUGCACAGAUCUGUGCUGGUGCCGAGCCUGUGUCUUGUCGUUACUUCCGAGAAUUGGAUCAGAUGUUUGGAGGUGAAAUGGAUAGGCCCACCAGCCGGAACUUGGCCAGCAUGGAUGGACCCAUGCGGGUUGUGGUGAAAAGCGAGGAUGCCAAAGAGAUGGAGGCCCACGCCUCCGAGGAAGAGGGCAACCAAAUGACGCCCCCACACACUCUCUCGAGCAUGGAUGCAGACACAGACACGGAGACAGAACCGAACGUGGGGAUCUCACGAGAGUUAGUGGCAGUGGUAGAUCCCAAUGUGAUUGAAACCACAAUAGUUGAGGAAGGUCCCGAAGACAAGGUGGUGCCUUUGUGUGGGCAACCGGUUCCUGGCUGCAGUGAAGAUGGGCACCACACUGCUACUGGCAGAGGCAGACGAGAUCAUCCCCAUGGGCGUCCCCUGACUACUGCAGAGAGGAUGGCCUCUGUGCGGGAGAGGAAGAGGCGGUCGCAUGAGGAGAUGAUGCACGAGAUCAUGACCGACUACAGGAGGACCUGGGAGACCAUGGAGGCCCUUCACGAGAGGAGCGAAAUCAACGCCAGGGAGUUCCGUGAAGCCAUGCUGAGGGAAAUGCUUCUGGACAGGGAGGCCCGGACACGGGAGGCCCAAUUAGACCGUGAAUCCCGGGCAAGGGAGGCCCAGUUGGAUCGAGAGGCCAGGGCUAGGGACAACCAGCUUGAGAGAGAGAUUAGGAUUAAGGAGCUUGGCGUGAUUGAGGCCGAGCUCCAGCGCACCAGGGACAUCCUCCAUCCGAUGGUUGAUGCCGUGGCAUCGGUGGCACAGGCCCUGCGUACGGCUGACAGGAUAUUGGCACAGUCUUGGCCCGCGCAGCAAGCAAGGGGUGGACCCUUUUUGGAAUCAAAGGAAAGCAAGUAAUUUCCCUCUCUCUCUUUCAGCUAUAAAACUGUUACCUUGAAUGGGAAAGAAGAGUGGCAAGGGAGGGAAAAAAAU